CCACCAUGGGCACGGGGCCCAUAUUUGUGGAGGAAAUCCCUAUUAGACGUAAGACAGAGGCCACAGAAUGACUUGCGAAUGACUUGCCAGAAGACAACUGUGUACCCAUCCUUUUCACUGCAUCCUUUGUGUGUCUCUUUCUGCAGACGUAGAGUGGGACGACCGGCUAGAGCUGGGGGAGGGAGCAUUUGGCGUGGUAAGUGGAUUGGCUCAGUCAUCUGUGACAUGCGAUGGUCUACAUUUGUCAUUUUGCCGCUGUCAGGUGGAGAGCGGUACACUGCGGAGGACACAGCGGGUGGCAAUGAAAUCGGUGUUUCUCUCAAGGCUAGAUGGUGAGGUCUGAACGGCGAGGUGGAUGGGAGGACUCAUCAUCAUUGUGCGUGUCUCUCUUGUCUGCCUGCCUGCCUACCUGCAGACCCCCCUGAAGAGCCGGGAAUCGACGAGAUAGUGAACUUUCAGAGAGAAGUAGAAACAUACAGGUAUCCACCAAUGUAAUCUCUCUCUACAGCAGCGACACAUAAACUGUCUCUUUGUUUAAUUGUGACAGUUACAUGGACCACAUCAAUGUGUUGAAGAUCAUAGGAGUAGUUCAGCAUCAGGGGAACCCCGAGGCGAGGGAUGUGACUCUGCACGACCCCCGCACGUGCAUUGUGGUGGAUUUAUUGACGGCCGUAAGGGGAAUACAACAUACGAUACACACGUUGAUGUUAAUGACAUGCAUGCCGUGUCUCUGUAUGUGUUCCUCUGACAGACACGCUCAGCACCCGCCUUCGACCGCCCCCUCCCCCGCUACCCCCAACGCCUCCCAUCCCACCCCCUCCCCUGCCCCCGCCACCCCCAACGCCCCAACAACGGCUCAGUUGGGCCCAGCAGAUGGUAUGGCAAUGCUUUUCUCUUCGUUCUGUUGUCGGAUUGAGUGUGUGUCUCUUGAUCUUUGUUUGAUUUCUGCAGGCGCGGGGCAUCCGCUACAUCCAUCUACGGGGAUUUGUGCAUCGUGACAUCAAGCCUGACGUGAGCUAUCACGCCAUUUCAAUGCACACGCGUUCGUGGACACCGUUGUGGCUCGUGUCCUGACUGUGUGUCGCUCAGAAUGCGCUGAUUCGGGAGGCGGACGGGCUGCUCAAGAUAGCCGACUUCGGGAUGGCAGAGCGGAUUCAGGUAUGUCAGGAAUGAGAACCAGAUACAACGUACACACAAACGUGCACCACAGCAGAGGACAAUCCCGUGUGUCUCUCCAUUCGUUGCCUUUGUUGGCGUGGUGUGUCUGUGUCUGUAGAAUGGGAGGGUGAAUCCCCCAGACCCAUCGGGCGGCACCCUCAAUUACAUGGCACCGGAGAUUUGGCGGCGGCGAAUCCUCACCCCAAAAGUAGACAUUUGGGCAUUCGGUGAGCCCAGCGCUAUUCACCUUGAAGAUGGUCUAUGAACGAGGCCGCUUGGUGCGCUUUUCUCGCUGCGUGCAGGCUGCUGCCUUAUCAAGAUAUUCGGGGGGGGCAUUCCUUGGGGGGAGUUUCUGAACUGGGAGGGCUGGGAUAGGCAUGGCGUCAUCGAUGCCGUAACCCUGCAGCGGCGCCACCCUUGGGUGCCCGCCGGCUGGCCACAGGUCGUCCGAAACAUUGUGCUGGACGUAAGUGCACCACACGACACUCGAACACAGAGGAAAACAGUCAGUUGCAGACAGUGACCGAUGCUCUGUCGGUGCGUGUACUUCUCUGGCUGCAGUGCCUGGAGUAUCGGCCGCAUCGUCGUCCCAGCGCCGCAGAGGUUCUGUAUCGGUUGGAGCACCUGACGGUUGCCGAUGUCCCCCGUAAGUAGCUCAGAGCCGCGUGGUCAUUGGUAUGUGCACGGCACUAUUGUGUCUCGUUGUCUGUCUGUCUGUCUGUCUGUCUGUGUCUUUCGUGCAGCCUGAACGAAUCGGCAUCUUCUGCAAAUGAAGUCUCUUCUUUGUCGAGUAGACCGCUUUCGAUUAGAGUAGUGUGGUGGGUGGGAAUGGAGUUGUAGAUGGAUGGAUUUCUGUAGCCGAUGCACUUUGACAUGCAGCCAUGCCUCUGUCCUUUCUCAGCAUCCAUACGUCCAUCAAUGCAUGUGCGCUGUUGAUCUGCGGGAAUGCUCGCUCCUGUUGCUGUGUAUGUCUCAUUCAGGUCGCUGCAGACGAUAUAUUUAGUCCGCCAUGCGACCUCGUGACGUGCUGUGCUGUGCUGUGCUGCGCUGUGCUCUGCUGUGGUGUGCUGGGCUGGGCUGGGCUGGGCUGGGCUGUGCCUUACUCGUCAGGUACGUGUAGCAAUCGAUUGGCGAGAUUUAAGUGCGCAGGACACCAGUGAAUGGGGGAUGGAUGGCAUGGCUGACUGUACUGGCAAUGUGUACGUGCCUGCCUGCAUUGAUGUGCGUGGCGUGCGUCGUUUGGGCCCAUGUGGCUGGGCUGCAGCCGGGCGCUAUACUUAGUCUGUGCUGCAGCCAUCACUCACUCAUGCCCUUGAUCUCAAUGUCUCGUGUCUCUGCUCUCUUUGUUUCAUGAGCCUGUGCAUUGCCUGUCUCGUCCUUUGAGCCCGUGUGGGCCGGGCUGGGCUGCAGCCAAGCGCUAUACUUAGUUUGCGCUGCAGCCCUCAUGUUCAUGCGCGUGAUCUGAAUUGCUCGUGUCUGGUGCCCGUCACUCUCGAUGUGUUUCGUUGUGUGCCUGCCACAGGCACAGUUCAUUCAAGUAGCCAGUGCCUGGUGGUGGAUGGUAGGUGCGUUCGUAGCCGACUGUGCAUGCAUUGAUGUGCGUGGUGUGGUGUGUGCUGUCGGAGCUCGUGUGGGCCGAGCUGGGUUAAUUGCAGUCAGGCGCUAUAUUUAGUCUGCACUGCGACCCAUACAUGAAUGCGAUGGAUGCAUAGUCAACAUUUGCAGAUUUUGUGCCUCUGCCUAGAGCUCUUGCUCGUCUCUGACGUACACAACGUACAAAGACGCUGCCUUCAAUUGAAAUCGUA